CCCAAAGUCGAAGGAUAGCUCUGGCCUUUCAAUUGAAGAAAGUGCUAGAUUUGUCAGUGUUGUAUAAUAUAACCAAUUCUCAGUGUCCAUAUUUGUUUUGGAGCGAUCGGAAUAGUCUUCGUUUUAUGUGAGAGACAGAACUGGCGUCAAACAUGCGUAAAAAUCAACGCUGUCCAAGCAGGGAACCACCGAGAAAGGAAUUAUCGCCGCUCAUCUGAGGCCAAUCUCGAUUAUUUUUGUCAAAUAAGGAAACAAAACAUAGCUAGCCAGCUAACAUUAGCUCCGUAGAUAGCUAGGUUACCGACAUAUCUUCACACAAAAGGAGAAUCCGGCAGAUAAUCAAGAUUGGAUCUACAUUCGCAACAGCAGGAAAACCUAUAGGCAGCAAUGGGUGCAUUCCUGGACAAGCCGAAGACGGAGAAGCAUAGUGCCCACGGUGAGGGCAAUGGGCUGCGCUAUGGCCUGAGCUCCAUGCAGGGCUGGCGGGUGGAGAUGGAGGACGCCCACACAGCUGUGGUGGGCCUUCCCCAUGGACUCACCGACUGGUCCUUCUUUGCUGUCUACGAUGGCCAUGCAGGCUCCCGGGUGGCCAACUACUGCUCCGGCCACUUGCUGGAACACAUCUUGUCAGGAGGGGCCGACUUCAGUUCUGGCUCCGGCUCGGUGGAGGGCGUGAAGGACGGCAUCCGCUCGGGCUUCCUGAACAUUGACGAGUACAUGCGCAGCUUCUCUGACCUGCGGCAGGGCCUGGACCGCAGUGGAUCAACGGCCGUGUGCGUGUUGGUCAGCCCGACCCACCUCUACUUCAUUAACUGCGGCGACUCGCGGGCCGUGCUGAGUCGAGACACCAAGGUGGGCUUCUCCACCCAGGACCACAAGCCCUGCAACCCCCGUGAAAAGGAACGCAUCCAGAACGCUGGCGGCUCAGUCAUGAUCCAGAGGGUAAACGGCUCCCUGGCUGUGUCCCGGGCCCUGGGGGACUACGACUACAAAUGUGUGGAUGGUAAGGGCCCCACGGAGCAGCUGGUGAGCCCUGAGCCCGAGGUGUGUGUGUUGGAGCGAGCGGCCGAAGGAGACGAGUUUGUGGUGCUGGCGUGUGAUGGAAUCUGGGAUGUCAUGUCCAACGAGGAGCUGUGUGAGUUUGUCCGCUCACGACUCCUGGUGUGUGACGACCUGGAGAAGGUCUGUAACUCAGUGGUGGACACCUGUCUGCAUAAGGGGAGCAGGGAUAAUAUGAGUGUGGUGUUGGUGUGUUUACCCGGCGCUCCCAAGAUCUCAGAGGAGGCUGUGAAGAAAGAAGAGGAAUUGGAUAAGUACCUGGAGACCCGUGUUGAGGAGUUACUGGGGAACUGUGGGGACACGGGAGUCCCUGACCUGGUGUCGGUCCUGAGGUGCAUUGCCACAGAGAACAUCCCCAACCUUCCACCUGGCGGAGGCCUGGCCAGCAAACGGAGUGUGAUCGAGGCGGUGUACAACAAGCUGAACCCUCACAGAGAAGAGGAAGGGGCCUGUGCGGGGGGAGAGGAGGAGAGUGAGGAGGGAGGUGGCAGCACGGCGGCUCAUCUGCUGGAGGCUCUGCGGCAGUUCCGCCUGCACCACCGGGGGCAGUACCGCACGGUGCUGGAGGAGUCCCUGGCCGCCUACCACCUGCGGGGGGAGAGUGCUGCGGAGGGAGCAGGGGAGGGCAGAAGGAACUUCGGCGACGACGAGGGCGACGAUGAUGACAACGACGGCCAGCAGCAGACCGCCUCCCCUCCCACUCCCCCCUCGCCCCCGCCCUCACCCGCCACUGCAGAGCCGGAGGCCAGCCAAGAUGCGCCCGCCCCUGAGUUCAAUCCCUCCUUUGACUGAGCAACCCGCCCGCAUACCUCCCCGCCAAUCCCAGAGCGCUAGUCAGAUGUGCUAUGACCUCUCCUCCUCUUUCCUUCAUCGCAGAACUUGAAUGGACACGUCGGCCACUUCCACCUCGAUCACGGUCUGCAGCUACUAUCGCCAUUCAUUAGUAUAUUUUAAAAAUAAAAAUGGCCCCUCUGUCUAUUCAAGUUCUGUUUCCGAGCCACAUACAUACCUUCCUCCUAAUGAGGACUCUUUCUUUGUUUCCGUUGUCCUCUGACCGCCUCGGCUUGGAUUCCCAAACUUGCCAGCCACUUUUUCAACCAGACCACACAGACUGAUGUUUACAACAGAAAAAAAAUCCAUAACAAAUUACUACAACAUGCAAAAGUGGCUGGUGAAGCAAAAUGUUGCACUUCUUGGCCUAUAUAUACCAGUAUUGGCUUCUGGCUGAUAUCCCACUUGAACCCACCCUCUUCCCCCCCUCAGCCUCAACCUCCCCAAACCUGCAUACAGUGGACGAACUGACACAGAAAAGGAGCGGAGACCCUAUGAACUGCAGCUGUGGUCCACACACUGCACUGUCUGCAGGCCUACUCCAUCUACAGACUCAGAACACACUCUUUUGCGUAUAUGUAUGUAUGUUUGUGUGAUUGUACGUCUGCAUGAGUUUGAGUGAUGGAGAAAGAGACCAAUCAUCACUAUUGAAAUGUUUGUUUUUUUGGUAGUGGGUGGUUCUUGAUUGUCUGCCCAUUAAUCAGCAAAUUCAGCAGUGUUAGGUUGUUAACCAGUGUGGGUACUGAAAAACCGGGCAGUUUAACCACACAGGGGCACUUGUUUAGAUGGGUAUUUGACUUGGGCGGUAUGUAAUAUUUUGUCCCUUCCUGAAAUUCCACCGGGGUAUACGGUAUAUCACGGUAUAAGUGUGCGGCGCUAACUCGCUUUUUAGACUAAUAAAUACACAACAGUAACCCAAAAAUGUUAAGAAAAGUAUUAUUCUCAAACCUGUUUACCUUAUUUUAACAGAAAUACAACUGUUCACUGUAAGAAUUUAACUAUCUCCCGGUCACUGAUGACUGACGUGGUUGAAUCGCCUCAUGAAGUCAU